GUGUUAAACUGACGGAUCAGCUGUAUUUCCCCGUCAGCCGAGCUGCACUCUGUCGCUUCUAGUGUGUCGUGUCUUUAAUCCCCCUUUUUAAAGAUUACCCUCCUGCUUGUGAAGGCAACAUGGCGAGUCGAAAGCGAUCGCUAAAGCCAGGUUCGAGCCACGAAGAGGCGUUCAUCACCCCGGAGAAGAGAGUAUCUGUGGUCCGGCUGCCGGACUCGGACUUCACGGGAUGGGGAGUUGAGGAAGCAUGCACGUAUCUGCGAAAGGAAGACCUUAGCGAAUGGGAGGACACAUUUAGAGCACAAAAAAUAACAGGUGUGGGGCUGCGGUAUCUUAAGGAUGCAGACCUAGAAAACAUUGGCAUAAAGUGUCUGGGAGACCGUCUGCGGAUCCUGCACAGUCUCCAGAAGCUGUGGCACAUAGAAGCUGAACCAAACAAGGUGUUCAACGAUCCCAUCCACGGCCAUGUGGAGCUACACCCCCUCCUCAUCAAAUUCAUCGACACGCCUCAGUUUCAGAGACUUCGAAACAUCAAGCAGCUCGGGGGGACGUACUAUGUUUUUCCUGGCGCGUCCCACAACCGCUUUGAACACAGCAUUGGGGUCGGGUACUUGGCUGGACAGCUCGUUCAAGCUCUCAAUGAGAAGCAGCCAGAACUGCUCAUCACCUGCAGGGACAUCCUGUGUGUUCAGAUCGCUGGACUCUGUCAUGACCUGGGACAUGGACCAUUCUCUCACAUGUUUGAUGGCAUGUUUAUGCCCAAAGCACGUCCAGAAAAGAUUUGGAAGCAUGAGACAGCCUCUCUUGCCAUGUUCGACUACCUGGUGGAGGACAACAAUCUGAAGCCAGUCAUGGAGGAGCACGGCCUGCUGCUGCCCCAGGACCUGGACUUUAUUAAAGAACAGAUUGCUGGACCAUUGGAUGCUAAUUCAGGUCCAGGACAGAAGUGGAAGUAUAAAGGCCGUUCUGCAGACAAGUCCUUCCUGUAUGAGAUCGUGGCCAACAAAAGGAACGGCAUCGAUGUUGAUAAAUGGGACUACUUUGCCAGGGACUGUUAUCAUUUGGGCAUCCAGAAUAAUUUUGAUUAUCAUCGCUUCCUGAAAUUUGCCAGAGUGUGUGAGGUCGAUGAGCAGAAGCAGAUCUGUACAAGAGACAAGGAGGUGGGCAAUCUGUACGACAUGUUCCACACAAGAAACUGUCUGCACAGGAGAGCCUAUCAGCACAAAGUGGGCAACAUCAUCGAGACCAUGAUCACGGAGGCCUUUUUAAAAGCAGAUAAACACAUCCAGAUUGAAGGCUCUAAAGGGAAGAUCUUCACUCUCUCCAAAGCUAUAGAUGAUAUGGUUGCCUACACCAAGCUGACAGAUAAUGUAUUUGAACAAAUACUAAACUCCUCAUCUCUGGAGCUCGCUGAGGCAAGGAAGAUACUGGACAACAUACUACGACGAAACCUUUACAAGUGUCUGGGUCAAACUCAGCCAGAUAAGACCUUGAAAGUCAACCAGGAACUGAUUCACAGCUGGGAGGCAGAACUGGCUCAAUCCAUCCCUCACUGUCGCAGUCAGGAUGUCAGUCUGCAGCCUGACGACUUUGUAGUCAGUGUAAUUGUUAUGGACUAUGGGAUGAAGGAAAAGAACCCCAUCAACAAUGUGCGUUUCUAUUGCAAAGAGGACCCAACCAAAGCCAUCCAAAUACGCAAAAACCAGGUGUCCAAACUUCUUCCAGAACAGUUUGCUGAGCAGCUGAUCAGGGUUUGCUGCAAGAAGAAAGAUGAGAAGAGUCUGGAGGCUGCUAAGAAGCAGUUUGUUCAGUGGUGCAUGAAUAAAAACUUCUCAAAGCCUCAGGAUGGAGAUGUGAUAGCACCUGAGCUGACGCCUCUGAAACCCAGCUGGCGCAACAACGAAGGCGAGAGCAGUGAUGGGAAAUCCAAACAAGCGAACUCUGCUCUUGUGAACGGAGUCAAGAAAGUUACAACUCAGCUGUUCAAGUAAAAGGAGAGGGAAAGAAGUUUUUGUUGCACAUGAACGCCAAAUAAAAAGUUCCUUCAAAAGAGAUAUUUUUCUAUGAGGUAUGUUAUCAAAU